AUAAGUCAGAUGAGAUGAGCAGUCAGUCCACACACCCCUGAUACUCAGAAAGAUGAACAUGCAUUUAAAAGUUGUAAUCUUUGCUGUGUCCUUCCUGACAACUUCAGGAUACCCACUACACAGUGACAGCAGAGAGCCAACGUGGUCUGAUGGAAAGACCAACCAAGCUCAUGACAAGGCAGACCUCACAAAAGAUUUGCAAAAGGUUUACAAGAGCAGCAUAGACAGCAGUGCACUUUACAACCAAGAACAUGAUGUCAACCCUGUGGCAGAGGAAAUGCAGCGCAAGCUCGCCAUGGAGUCCGAGCGCCUGCGCAUCCGUCUGCGUCAAGAGCUGGUGGAGCUGCGAGAGAGGCUGUCCCCAUCUUCGGCGCAUCUCAGUUCCCGCCUGGCCAGCAUGAGAGAACGCUUAACUCCCCUGACUCAGCAGCUCCAAGGCUCUCUUAGUAGCAACAGCCAAGAUCUGUGCAGCCAGCUGGGUCUCUAUCUACAGGCUUUAGAAACAGCUGAGGCUCAGGAGGAGGCCAGUCCGUCUCUGUAUCAGGAAGCCUUCGAGUUAAUCAGCCAAUCCCUGGAGCACAGCAGUUUUAAGUUUGCUAACACCAUCAGUGACUUUUAUACCAAAGCAAGUGGAGUGAUUGAACAUCUGAAACAGACUAGUGUUCGUGAAGAAGAGCCAAGCACAUCAAAUGUAUGGCUGGAAAUGAGCUCCAAGUUGGGACAGGAAGUGAGUUCACUUAAAGAGGAGGCACAGAACAGGGUGGAGGCCCUGAAAGUACAGCUUUCUGCAGUGCUACAAUCUGCACAACCUCAUACAGCAGAAGUGAGAGGUAGCAUAGAGCAGUUCUGCCAAAAUGCAUCCGUGGAGGUCCAAGUGCUUCAAGCUCGAAUGGCAAGGCUGUUUACAGGGCUGGAAAAGGAGCUUGGGGUCCCAAGAGCCUCCAGCGUGACUUCUUCUUCAUUUUCACUCCAAAGUGGCUCUUUGCGGGAGGACUUCUCAGUUAAGCUCUCAGCUCUGAUUCAGGACAUUAUGCAGUCAAUGCAGUGACUACAGAAAUCUGUAUUCCUUUUCAUUUAUUUGUUUGUUUGUUGCCAUUGUAGCAGCACAGUGAGUAUGUUGUAAAUAUGUCUGAAAGUGUGAAUUUGAUGCAUUUGUCUCAUUCUGUAUGUGACCCGGUGAGGAAUUGUCAAUAUGUAUAUAUAUGUAUAUAUAUGUAUAUAUAUAUCGCUGUCUCUUGAGAGUAAAGGUAUUCAUGACACUGUACAAAUGACCCUUUCUUUCUGUCAAUUAAUUAUUGCAUGUCAGUCACAGAGUCUCUGAGUUUCUUCGUUUGUUUGUGUUUAUUUAAAGCAUAUACUUUAUUUGCUUAUAAGCAGUUGAGAUUCUAUAGAAGACAUCUUACAGAAAAAACAUCUUGUAGACAAGUAUAAUCAAAAUUUAUUUCUAUUGCCAUAAAAUAUCAGAAUUGCUUGUUUUUUAAUUGCUUUACAGUUCAAGUUUGACUUUCCCUUCACAACUGACAACUAAGUAUGGAUACAAAAUUAUAUUUAAUAGGAUGAAAACUACAACAUUAUCAGAUUUUACCUCACAAUCUACAGCAUUAUGCAGCUUCAGCAUUGUACAAGGUGACAAUGCAAAGAGAAUUGGCUGGUUGAUCUGUCAGUCCAGUGCAAUUAAACAGCUUCAGAACAAACCAGCCACCAAGACCCAGCAGGACAGCAGGCGCACAGUCAGGCCUGUCAUGUUAUGGCCAUCGCUGCCUGAAGUCACGGUAUUACCUGAUGCACACAAGAAGAGA